AUGUCAAAAAGUCGACAACAUCCCUACGAAUUAUCCACAGUGCAAGUGUCAGAAAGCAAUGAACAACCUCAAAUUUCGAAACCGAGUGUGGAUACCGAUUUCCAGAACAUAUCGCUAUCAGCAGAAAAGACGGAAUCAAAAGGUCUCUUCUCAAGAACCACAUCGAUCAGAGGACAUGAUAUCAAAACAUGGAUAUUGGUUUUACUCGCUAUCAUCUUGUUUAUUAUUGUUAUUGUGUCCGUUUUGGUAUCGGUUGUUCUAGUCAUCCGAAACAAGCAUGAAAACGGAACCGCUGAGACACAACAAAACCCGUCCACAACCACUGUUUCGACAACCACCGCUGGUUCUACAAAUGAAUAUGUGGAUUGGUCGGGCACAUUUGCUGUUAAUAGCUCUAAUUGUAACCAAUCCCAAUGCUGUUGUAUAAUUGACGUUAUUUAUCUGGAACGAUCAACGCUUGCCAGUCUCGUUUUAACAACGACACUAGGUGGGCAAUUGACAAUGUCGUAG